CCUUAAGCUACAGCCAAAAAUGGAGGGUAAAAAAGCACAAGGACGAGGGUAUCUGAAGAAGAAGGCUAGUGUAUCAACUUACCUUGUGGAUGAAGAAUUAGAGGAUGAUACGGACGGAGAAGAGGAAGUUGGGAGAGAGGAAGAGAAGAGGAAAGGAGCGAUUAAAGGAUCUAGCAGCGACCGUGUCUCAUCGCGGCUUUGUCAAGUAGAUAGAUGCACAACUGAUUUGAAAGAGGCUAAACAGUAUCACCGUAGGCACAAAGUGUGUGAAGUUCAUGCAAAGGCAUCUUCUGUCUAUCUCGCAGGCGUUAAACAACGCUUCUGUCAACAAUGCAGCAGGUUUCACGAGCUCCCAGAGUUUGAUGAAGCUAAAAGAAGCUGUAGGAGACGCUUAGCUGGACACAACGAGAGGCGGAGGAAGAGCUCUGGUGAAAGCUUUGGAGAAGGGUCAGGUGGUCGAAGAGGGUUAACUGGGCAGGUGAUGCAGAAUCAAGAAAGAUCAAGGAUUCGAGUAAGGGGUGUGCGUUAUCCAACAGCACAGGAGACACUGAAGUUUCAGAGCCACGAAUGAGAGAUAUCCAUCUUAGCUUUUCAUUGCAAAAAAUCUUCCUCUGAGAGAUACUUCUGUUGGCCAUUAUUAGUUAAACCUUUCAAAGUCUGUAAUUUGAGUGGCAGUAGUUGUAAAGUAAAGUAGAGAAGAAACAAGAGGAGAAAAAAUUGAGCUUGACAUGUAAUAAAAUCAUAGUGCUUUGCACA